GAGAGCAUGUACAGAACUCUGAUGAAAUGGAGCAACUCUCACGUUCCAGAUCUGGAGUCCCUGCAGGAGCGGCUGGUUAUCGUGGAGCUCUCAGAGACGUCCGUGUCGCUCAUCAUUGCUGUCAUGAAAAGCGUGACGCAAGUUGCUCCCUUCGUUAGCUUCCUGCCUCUCGCCAACAGAAUUUGCAUUGAGAUGACUGAAUCCAGUGGUGUAACUCGAGUGAUAAAGAAGAUCCAAUCUCAACAAUGGAGUAAAGUUCGACACGCUGAGUCUUCGAAGAGUCUUAAUCAGCGUAUACAACAAUUCGGUGAGAUCUCCGUAAACCUUGAUCUGGAAAACUAUGUCCUCACUUUAAACCCUAUAAAAGCCACGACACACAAACCAGAGCCGCCUUUAGCUGAAACUGCUGACGUCCAGGAAGCUGCUGCAGAAUCCAAAGGCCCGUCCUCAGCUGCCCAGAUGCCUCAAAUUUGCAACGAAAAGACGGAACUAGCUGCAGCCAAAACCAUAGACGUACCAUCUGAGUUGGCCGGGUCAGAGAAACAGCCCGAUGCUCCCGUAAAGGUUCAGGACUCUGAAGUGGUUCCAGCAGAAACGGUCAAAGUUGAGUCGAAAGAGGCCAAACCUUCAGAGCUGAUGGAAACAGCCGUAACAGAGCAGACGGAGCUUGAAGGUUCUGUUGAAACCAAAGCAGAAACGACAGCAGAAACCAAACCCUUACAAACUAAACCCAGUGAAAGUCAAACAACCCCAACACCUGCACCUUCCACUGAUCCUCAGAGACCACAGACCACCUUCAAACCCCAAGAAACCCCAGCGAAAUCUUCAUCAGAGGUCCAGAAAAGCUUGCCAAACUCCGACACUACUCACUUAAAACCCAAAACAGACACGUCACAGAAGCAGCAGCAAACUGCUGAAGAAUCUGGUCCUGUGUCUGAGAAGAGUCAAACAUCUGAGAUCAACGAAGCAUCUUCUGCAAAAGAAGUAGCCGCGGGAUCAUCAGAACUUGAUCCAAACCAACAAUCUGCUACUGUAGGAAACGAAACUACUGCAAAUGAAACCACUUCUGCUCCCGUUGUCGUCUCGACUCCCGAAGAGAAUAGCCAAAAUUUCCAGACAAUAACAAAAAACAUCCAAUUUUUGUCUCUGAAAAACAUCUUGUUGCCCAAAUUCCUUUCAAAAGAAAUUUGUCUGAUCGUAACCAAUUUGCCAGAGUACAAUGACGGCUCUUACACAGAAUCCAGCAUCAUCAAUCUGCUCCGAAAGUUUGGAUUAGAAUUCGAAGAUGACAGUGUUUUCAUCGCGCCUCAGUAUCAAACGGCUUUUGUCUGUCAACCACAUGUGAGGAAGGUGCAGGAGUUUUUCAAAAGGCCAAUCAGCAACAACCGGACUCUUAACGGGUCCAAACUCUGCUUUCAGGUUUUCUGCGUCCAAAAGUACACCUUAUUUGGAUUUUACACAUUUUUUAUGAAUGUCACAAGCUCUAAAAGGAAGCACACCUCUUCUUCAGUAGUUUACAUCAAGAACAUCUCAUCAAGCGAAGCCACAGACCUUAGAAUCGCUUUAAAAAAAAUUGGCGACGUAACAAACUAUGUGCCUCUGCUCAACAAGGUGUUUGUUGAAUUUAGUAACCCUUGUGAUGCUGAUCGUCUUGGAGUUUGGUACAGCUUCCUGAAACAGCGUCUUCCACAUAGCGUACACAGAACGGGUCUGCCCAGCAGCUUCAAAAGAGCAAAUAAUCCAAGACUUCCAUUGAGGGCUAUGCCACACAGAAACGACAUUGUGGCCUGGGCUAAAAUCCCGAGGUCAAUGAGCAACAUUCCAAAGGGCACCACUGCACCUUUUUGGAUAACCAUGACAACUAGUCCCUACUUGUUCUCUACUGAACGUCCUUGGUUUAACAUCCCAGACUUUUCAACAAUCAAUGAAAUGAGGGACAUAUUGUUGAUUAAACAAAAAAAAGUGAGAUUUCCAACGAUCAUGUUGACGGGUUUACCGACUGCAACCUACACACACAAGGACCUGGCUAAACUGGUGUGGAAGUAUUUUCCUGAGCAGAAUCUUUACACUCUGCACAACAAUGUGAUCGUUUUACCACUGCAGAGGAGGGCAUUUGUGCAUUUCGACAACUGGGAUGCUUGCUUCAGAUUUCUUACAGAUCACGUCAGCAAUCAAGUUUGUUUGAAAGACUGUGUUCUCAGCACACAUGUAGUCCUAAAUGACGUGAUCCCAAGAUCUGAUGAGGAGUCCAUGUACAGAAGUUUGAUGAAACUGAGCAACAUUCAUGUUUCAGAUCUGAAGUCUCUGGAGGACCGCCUGCUGUGUGUGGAAGUUUUAGGGACGAGCGAGAGACUCGUCUCCACGGUCAUGACUGCGGUGGCAAGCUUUGCUACAUUCGUCAGCUUCCUGCCGCUCUCAAACUGGAUUUAUGUGGAAAUGGCCGAAUCCAGCGGAGUAACAAAGGUGCUGGAGAACAUGUCUGUGUGCAGACUACCUGAACUGUCUGAAGUUUGGAAAUUAGUUGGACGCGUUGAAUUGUUAAAGACCCGAAAGCAGCGUCUCAAAGACUCUAAGAAGAUUGCAGUAAACGUCUAUCUCUCUUUGGGCACCACUGAUGCCUACACCGUGUCCACACAUGAGAAAAGUUCAGCACAACCUCCUCUUAAUAAAGAGGAACCAAAACUCGGCUGCUCUGCUGCUUCUGCUGCACCAGUCCCCUCAGCCGGAUCUGAAGUUUCUGAAUCCACUACAGCGAUGGAGGAGGAGAGAUGUGAAACUGAGGUCACCGCCAACUCUUCUGUCGUUCCUGAAACGGAUGUAGAAACAUCAGAGAAGGAGGAGGCGGAGCCUGUAUCCUGCAGCGCUCUGCAAACCGGAAGUCCACCCCUUUCUGAAAAUGUCCCUCAAAUGAACAUGAGGGAGUUUAAUGCAUUAAAAGCAGUCAUCCUUCAGUUUAAACAAAGUCAUAACCCAACAAAAAGAAAAGAGGCUCAGGAAGACACUGAAGUUCAUUCUUCAAAGCUUCACGUCGAACCAGAUUCUAACUUUCAAAACUCGGUCACCGUUGAUGAAAUGACUGAAGACAUGGAGGACAAAGACACUUCCGAAUCUAAGCAAACCGCUGAAGAGAAACCAGAGGAGCAGAGCUCAGAUAUGUCCUCAAAGACAUUUUCAUCAACGUCCUCAAACAGCAGCGUGUCUACGAGUUCCACUUCUGAUCCCAACAAACCCCAAACUGAACCCUCAUCUUCUGUCCUGAGCGACACCUCUUCUUCAGAGUCUGUUGAAACUCUGAGAGCUCAGUCUUCAUCAGCAGCUUUGAGGACAUCGGAACAGGAGUCCCAUCAGAAGUUAUCAGAAGACAACAGCGCUACUAAAACUGUUGAGUCACAAGUAGAGACGUUAUCAGAGGUGGAACCAGAGCAGAAGUUUAUCCCCCAAACCCAGAGUCUGGAAACUAGAGAUGAAACUCCCGAAGAAAAAGAUGAAGAAGACAAAAACACAAAAGAGACUGAAGAUAUAGACCAAAUCCUGGAUACACUUGAUAAGAAAAGUGUUGAACAGAUAAAGAAAGAGGAGAACCAAGAAACCGAAACACCUGGACCUGAGAAAGACCUGCUGGUCUCGGAUAGCGUUAAAGACGAAACCUGUAGUGAAACAAACAUGGACGCUUCUGCUGAAGUGACAGAUGAUUCUGCUGAUGAAGCUUUGAAUCAAGAGGAAACGCAUCUGGUCAAGGAUGAAGGGUCGACUGUAAAACCAGAUCUGAUGACCGGGUCCCAAACAGAAGACGGAGAGGACAAAAAGCCUGAUGAGAUGAUCCCUGUCCCAGAAACGCCUCUUCAACGAAAUUCAACAGGGGCCAAAAACAAUCAGAAGACCUCCCAAGAGGCAACAGACAAUAUGACCAUUGUGACCAGAUCCACCAGAAAAAGAAAAAUGACCGAGAAGAAAGACUCUGAUGAAAGGAAAGAGAGUGAGACCCCGACGAGGACAAAUACACCUGGCAGAGACAGACAGGACGCUCCAACGACAGAGGAAAAAACACCUCCAGGAGACGUCGCACUGACAGAAAACACCAAAGACACAAAUGAGCUGGAACUAAAGACCUCAGAGGACUUCAGGGAGAAUGAAGAGGACAACAAAGCUGCGACGCCGAGACCAAGAGGCAGACCAAAAACCACGACCAAACUGAGUCCAGUCGCAACAAGAAUAUCAACCAGAGGCGUCAAAGCAGAGGACACCGAUGGACAGGAAUGUGUGGAGGAGGACCAGGACGGAACGGGCAUUAACAAACGAAGACUGGAGCUCGAAGAACCCAAACCAAAGAGAUCUUGUUCUCAGUCUCCUCACUUCGGUGCCAACUUCAAACUGCCGCCGUUUGACCCUAAAACCCCCCUUGGUAAAGAGUUUGUGAGUCGUAAGUGGGGGUUUUUCUGUAACCUCUGCUCCGUUUCCUUCCUGAACGAGAACACCACUGAGGACCAGCACUGCAAGAGCCAAACGCACUCUGAAAACCUGCAGAGAUAUAAGAAGAAGCGCCAACAGCUCCGACAGAAGCUCCAGCCUACCAGGAUGUCGACACGAAUCUCUCAGAAACUCAUUUGACUGAUCGGAUUACACCCUCCUGAAAUGUGACAGAAUGUUUGGAAACCAUGCUUCGUUUCGUGACUGACCAGACUUUAUUUUAUGUUUUCCACUGGAGAGACUUUGUAUUCAAUUCUUUCUUUCUUAAUGUAUGAAAAUUUGUACCUUCUACUCAAUAGAACAAUGUGACCAUGAAUAUUUUAUACAUAUUGCUGUUUUCUACAUGUAUGCAAUUUUUUUGUAUAUAUUUGCAACAAAGAAAGAAAUGUACAUAAGAACUGCCAAA